GGUUCCAGAUUUUUUUUUUAUGACAGUACAUAAGCAGGUAGAAGGAACAUUUUUAGGUCAAUGUUUCGGUGGGUUCAUUGAGGUAUAAUAAGAACGGGUAGGUUACCGGGAGUUUAGUGCAUAUUAUCCUGCAUGUGAAUUGAUGGUAAAUCGGGGCAUUAGUUGUGAUAUGUCAGGCAGUCGUCGAAUGAGGUAUCAUCUGAUGCCUACAGUAAGAUAGCGCACGUUGUAGGCUAAAGCUAGUAUACCAAUAUAAUUGUGUUUCAUAAGGGAAUUGAGUUGUCCAGAUUGCCUGUAGCCUAUUUGGUUUAGACAUUUUACUCGUGCGCCUAUUAUAUAUUUCCUGCUAUAGGCUUUGUUCAUAAUAUUCAGUAUUAUCGUACUGAUUUAUUCUAUUAUAAAGGUUCUCGUUACAUUUAGCCUAUUGAUUAAGCUGAAACUUCGACUGUUAUCUGUUAGUAAGUGGCAUAGUAGCCCAUGACUUAAUUGAAAUUGUUGGUGAGAGUCAAGACUAUUACACUUUUACAAUGGGAGUGGGAUCCGAAAAGACAUCAUCCACCACCAAGGGAGUCUACAAAGAGGAGACUGAUAUUGCUUUGAAAGCACCCUUAAACGUGAAUGCAAUGUUAUCAAAGAAAGUGGGGCACGCGACAGCAGAAAGAGCCACCUGGGGUCGCCGCCUUGAGUUCGUCCUCGCGUCAGUGGGAUACGCGGUGGGACUUGGGAACGUGUGGCGCUUUCCAUACCUCUGCUACAGGAGCGGUGGAGGUGCCUUUCUCAUUCCUUACUUUCUCAUGCUGUUUCUGUGUGGCAUCCCCCUUCUCUUCAUGGAGUUUGCUAUUGGGCAGUACACCCGUCUGGGACCGGUGCAUGCUCUAGCCACAAUCUGCCCCUUGUUCAAAGGUGUGGGCAUUGCCACAGUCGUGAUCUCCUUUGUGCUCUGCACCUACUACAACGUUCUUAUGAGCUGGGCACUCUACUACUUCUUCAACUCAUUCCGAGCCAUCUUCCCCUGGCAGUCCUGCAACAACACCUGGAAUGCCGUGGGUAACUGCUCCAGCGGUUUUCCUGGAAACGCCACCCACCUGCAAUCAGCCAGUCAGCAGUACUUUGAUCACAGGGUUCUGGAGAUAACCAAUGGUAUUGAGGAUGCAGGAGGACUACGCUGGGAGCUGUUUGGCAUCCUCAUCCUGGCCUGGGUCAUAGUCUACUUGUGCAUCUUCAAAGGCGUCAAAUCAACUGGCAAGGUUGUUUAUUUCACAGCCACGUUCCCAUACUUUAUUCUGUUCGCCUUGCUCAUCAACAAUGUCCAGCUUCCCGGGGCCAAGGAUGGGAUGCUCUACUUCCUGAAGCCUAAGUGGAGCAAGCUGCUUGAAGUUCAGGUGUGGGUUAACGCUGCAGCCCAGGUAUUCAACUCCAUUGGAAUUGGAUUUGGCUCCAUGAUCUCCAUGGCCAGUUACAACAAGUUCAACAAUAACAUCCUUAGGGACACAUUGAUUGUCUCUUUAGCUAACUCGGCCACCAGUAUCCUGGCUGGCUUUGUGAUAUUCUCAGCAAUCGGCUACAUGGCUCAUGUCCACAACCUCCCAGUGGACAACAUCGCCACAGAUGGUCCUGGCUUGGUGUUUGUGGUGUAUCCAGAGGUCUUCUCCACUAUGCCUCUGCCACAGUUGUGGGCUCCUCUGUUCUUCUUCAUGCUUCUCUGCCUGGGACUGGACAGCCAGUUUGCCAUGGUGGAGGUGGCGGUGACGUCCAUAAUAGAUGGCUUCGGCCCUAAGGUGCUGCGUGUCCUGAAGAGACAGGAGGUCAUUGUUCUGGCCGUCUGUGUUAUGGGCUUCCUUCUAGGCAUUCCUCACAUCACUAAGGGGGGCAUGUAUGUGUUCCAGCUGAUGGACCACUACACUGCUGUGGUGUCGCUCAUGUUCCUGUCCUUCUUUGAAGUCAUCGCUGUCUGCUGGGUUUUCGGAUUGCGUCGGAUGACCAUCAUGAUCAAGAGAAUGUUGGGAAAGGCUCCCAACAUCUAUUUCCGCUCCUGCUGGAUGGUCUUCUCCCCUGUGCUGGUCCUGUGCAUUCUGAUCUCCAGCAUCAUCCAGUACACGCCAGCUCGCUAUGGGAAGUCAUACACAUACCCUGUCUGGGCAGAGGUGGUGGGCUGGGGAAUCUCCCUGGUCUCCAUUGUGUGGAUCCCACUGGGAGCCCUGCAAGAGAUCUGCAGAAAUAAGGGCUCACUGCUGCAGAGAAUAAAAACAGCUGUGACUCCUACAAUAGAGUUGGAUCCUGUCAACCAUCUGCCAGAGGAGCAGGGCGAAGACACACCGGAGUCUGUUUUCUUGUCUAUCAUCACUCCUCUGUAACCACAGCCAGUAUGUCUAAGUGCUUGCGUGCGUGAGUCAGUGUGACUGUGAGUGCUCUAUUGGUAUGGGGAGGUGUGGGUUGUUAGGUAGUUUACAGUUUAUGUAAAUAGCAUAUUUACGUGUUUUACCCUUGUCCCUCUGGUAAUCUCUUCAACCAACACCUCUCCCCCUGGACAUAACAUAUUUUGUCUCCAAAUUUGAUUUUGAAUUCCAUGACCUCAAUGGUCCAGAUAGAUCUUUGGCUGAGUAACUCUUUGAACCAACAUUGCUAUCUUGUGGCUGUUUCAAAGUUUUUAUUCACAUCGUGAGGUUCAUUUGAGGCUCAUGUGAAUAGUGAACUCAGCAAUUGACUGAACAAACACUAGGCUGGUCUAAUAUAAAAACAUGCAUAUGAUAUUUAUUCCUCUCCUAGAAAGAUAAUAUGCAAUUAGAUGUAUGGCGGUUAUAUGGUGUGCCUUUUACUGAUAACUGUAAGGAGGGGAACCACUGCAGUGUUGCCAUGACCAGUAGUGCAAAGUUCUUAAGUAAAAAUACUUAUGUUGUUUUUUGGGUAUCUGUGCUUUGCGUUACUUUGACAACUUUUUAUUUUACUUCACUACAUUCCUAAAGAAAAUGAUGUACUUUUUACUCCAUACAUUUUCCCUGACACCCAAAAGUUCUCGUUACAUUUUGAAUACAGUACAUAGCAGGACAGGAAAAUGGUCGAGUUCCCACACUUAUCAAGAGAACAUCCCUGGUCAUCCUUACUGCCUCUGAUCUGGCAGACUCACUAAACACAUGCUUCAUUUGCAAAUUAUGUGUUGAUGCGUGCCCCUGGCUAUCCAUAAAUUAUAAAUAAAAUAAAUAAAUUGGUGCCAUCUGGUUUGCUUAAUAUAAGGAAUUUUUAAUUAUUUAUACUUUUUCUUUCAAUUUUGAUACUUAAGUAUAUUUUAACAAUUACAUUUACUUUUGAUACUUAAGUAUAUUUAAAACCAAAUACUUUUAGAUGUUUACUCAAGUAGGAUUUCACUAGGUGACUUUUCCUUGAGUCAUUUUCUAUUAAGGUAUCUUUACUUUUACUCAAGUAUGACAAUUGUGUGCCUUUUCCACCAGUGGCCAUGACAUCUGUUAGCGGGGAAAGUCCAGGGUUCUGUCAUUAUUCAUCUGCUUUAUUACACUUUAUUACACAUGGUAUCAUUGAAGUCUUAAGGGUUCUGGUUGAAGUUUUCUAUUUGAAUUGCUCUGCCACAGUCUGGGCCUUUGUCGUAUGUCAUGUUUGUUUGCAACAAUGACAAUUGGAGCUCAGCAUUACCAGGAGUGCCUUUUGUCAUUAAAAGAUCCAAAGACAUUGGAAGUGGCUUUGGACUAAACGACUGAAUUUACAAUGAGGUGUCUUUUGAGGGGUCACAAAAAUAUAUAGACGGGUGGGUCGUUUAGCAACAAAACCAAUGAAUGCUCAACUGUGGAGCAAAACAGUCAGGUUGACUUAGAAUCAAAGGAUUGACAACAUGUAAACUAUAUUUCCUCUCCAAAUCUUUAUUGAAAACAUAAAUACAGUACAUUUGCACAAUGAGCACUUGUUGUCUCUCAAAUACAUUGUUACAUUUGUAGUUUUAGCCAUAUUAGCAUAGACGUGACAAAAGCAAAACACCUCAAAACAAGACAUGGUAUCAAUACACAAUGAUCUAAAACGAGCUUCUUGUCAUUGUUGCUAGCUAUCUGACCGUCCAGAAUCAUAACACACAGACUUCGACACGGGUGCGUAAUUUGUGACGUUGUCAGCUAACCCAUCUAUCUAUAAGAUCAAUUUGGUAUAGUGACUAAGUGUAGAUAACUUUGCCACUGGCCUUGUGCCCUGUAUCAACAUUUCUUCAUUUUUUUUGCAUGAUCAAUAUUUGAUGAAGAUACCCCGCCAAAAUAUCAUAGAGAAUAUCACCGAACCAGGUUGAGUAUAAUUUACAAACGCAAAAAAUAUAUAUUUUAGAGGUGUGUUUACUCUCUUUUGAUAUAAAACAAGAUCCUAUUCACAUUUAGUGAGCUAUUAAGAAUGUAUUUUGUGCCUGUUUGUUUGACAAACAGCAUUUGUUCUUCACAAAUUACAAUUAGUAAAUUAUUUUUAUGAUGACAAGCAUAUAUUUUUCUACAAUUACACAAACCACAAUAGCAGAUUAAAAAGAUAAUCAUGGCUCUGAUCAUGCCUUAUACAAUUUUGUUAAGCUAUAACAAGUUAUGGUUUGUUUUAUCAUUUUGAAUAUGCUGUAAAAAAAAUAUGAACAUGUCACAUUGCUUCUCUGUUGCCCUAGCAAUGGGAGGAUGGCUCUCAUGUAACAUGUUAACACUCAAUGCAAAUUAUUUUAGCCUCUGUAGAAUUUUACACAACAGUGGUGAACAGUACUCUUAGUAGUCUGAUAUUGUUACAGGCUUUGUUUUUUCCAUUUAUGUUUUGAGGUUGGACUUAAGCACGUAGGGCGUGCCGAUUGGUGUCACCUCAUUAGUCAGUAUGUGUUGCACCUGUGCUGGUUGCCAUCUUGUUAGUGGGAAGGUGUUUCACCUGUGCUGGCCCAGGUGCUAUAUAAGAGUGGGUGGCCCAGUGCACCAGUAGUCUUGAAAGAGGUAAAGGUUUAACACCUCUAAUUUGGGCUCCUUAGUUGAGUUCCAGACGAACAAUACUUUGUCUGACCUUACCUGUUUUUUUGUUUUGCGUCCUGUCUUUAAGUUUGGUGUUGGUUUUUCUUCUUAGGCAAAUUUAGUGGGCACUCAUGGUGGAUGUCUUUUAGGUUCCAGUUGUUGCUAGUCAACUUUCAGCGGACACCCCCAUGAGUUUCUUUCAUACCCGACUCCUAAAAUCCCACCUGUUUCGUUUUGAUUGUAGUCAGUGACUCUUUGUUAGUUCCCUUUCUCUUUGAGUGACAUUUUGUUUUUCUUGCUGGGGAAAGUAACAGAGGGGGCUCAUCCGGGAUCUUUUUUCCUAUGAGUAUGGUAGUCGCUUUAGUCACCUACUCUGAAGCUCUGCUGUGCCCAGACAUUUGAGUGUUCAAAAUACACUUGUGGUAGAGUUGUCUGUCACUGACAUCCACCUGACGAUAAAGUUGCAUGAACACACAGGCUUCUAAAAUUAAAGCCAUUGACUUUAAGUUGGAAGCAUUUUUGGAAAACCCUACAUGGGAGAUGCUAAAUAAAUGUAUGAAGGCGAAUCUGCUCGUCAUUGUAACGGUUUUCUUCCGUUGAAGGAGAGGACCAAAGCGCAGUGUGGUUAGUGUUAAUCUUAUUUAAUAAUAAUCCAAACUGAACACUUCAAAUUACAAAACAACAAAUGUGAAAACAGUCCUAUCUGGUGCAUAGAGACAGAAGACAACCACCCACAAAGCAGGCUACCUAAAUAUGGUUCCCAAUCAGAGACAAUGACUAACACCUGCCUCUGAUUGAGAACCAUAUCAGGCCAAACAUAGAAAUAGACAAACUAGACAUACAACAUAGAAUGCCCACUCAGCUCACGUCCUGACCAACACUAAAACAAAGAAAACACAAAAGAACUAUGGUCAGAACAUGACAGUACCCCCCCCCCCAAGGUGCGGACUCUGGACGCAAAACCUGAACCUAUAGGGGAGGGUCUGGGUGGGCAUCUGUCCGCGGUGGCGGCUCUGGCGUAGGACGUGGACCCCACUCCACCAUAGUCUUUGUCCGCUUUAGUGUCCUCCUAGGAACGGCGACCCUCGCCGCCAACCUAGGACUGGCAACCCUACUAAAGGGCCCCACUCCACUAAACAAACUCCUCUGGACUGAGAGGCAGCUCCGGACUGAGGGAUAGCUCAGGACUGAGAGGCAGCUCCGGACUGAGGGAUAGCUCAGGACUGAGAGGCAGCUCCGGACUGAGGGAUAGCUCCGGACUGAGGGAUAGCUCAGGACUGAGAGGCAGCUCCGGACUGAGGGAUAGCUCAGGACUGAGGGAUAGCUCAGGACUGAGAGGCAGCUCCGGACUGAGGGAUAGCUCAGGACUGAGGGAUAGCUCAGGACUGAGGGAUAGCUCAGGACUGAGGGAUAGCUCAGGACUGAGAGGCAGCUCCGGACUGAGGGAUAGCUCAGGACUGAGGGAUAGCUCAGGACUGAGGGGCAGCUCAGGACCAAAAGUAUGUGGAUACCUUCUCAUUGAACAUCUCAUUACAAAUUGUUGGGCGAAUGCUCCACAUUUUUGGUUUGUGUCCUGUCUUUAAGUUUGAUGUGGGUUUUUCUUUUAGUUUGCCUCUUCUUGGGCAAAUUUAGUGGGCACUGAUGGGGGGUGUCUUUUAGGUUCCAGUUGUUGCUAGUCAACUUUCAGUGGACAACACCAUGAGUGUCUUUCAGAAAUGACUCCUGAAAUCCCACCUGUUUCGUUUUGAUUGUUGUCAGUGACUCUUUGUAAGUUCUGUUUGAGUGACAUUAUUUGGUUUUCUUUCUGGGGAAUGUAAAAGUAUACUUUCUCUCUGGUGGUUUUCUUUUAUAGAUAAGGAUUUCACCUGGAUUCUAUGUUCCUUAUACUCUAGCAAUGGUGUCGUAUCAGAGAUUAGUAGACAUAAUAUUGAUAAAAUGUUGAAUCUUUUGUUAUUUUGGCAUCUCAAAAUAUUUUAGUUUUAGGUUACUGCUGCUUAUUCUUUUUAAUUGUUCUCAUGUACCUUACAUUUAGACCAUACAUUUAUUUGACAAUUUAGUUGUUUUUGUAUCAAGCUAAAUGGUUUAUUGAAUAACAAACACUAUUUCUGCAUUAACUGUGGGUGAUGCCUUUUAAUCUAAUGGUAUAAAUGUUUAUGCUCAUUAUGCCUUUGAGACAGUUGCUGUCUCUCCUUUUGAAAUUUUACACAAGUUUGAUUUGUUUCUUUCUUACUGUCUUAAAAAAAUCUGAAACGUGUUUAUUGCACAGUGGUAUGUGUCAAUAAAGAACAUUAUUGCCAAAUAG